CAUCCAGACCCUGUGAUGUGGGGGGCAGACUAAAGGACGCAGAGCCUCCUGGGGUUGGAGAACUUGUGGGACCAGGUGGCACUGAGGGGUCAGAGUGGCUAGGUGGCACCAAGAAGACAGCAGGGCCAGGGUCAGAUGGUGCUGCAGAGACAGUGGAACCAGACCAGGUGGGCACUUAGGAGACAGGAUAGGAACAGGAGGAUAAGGAACCUGCAGGGUGAGAGAUGGAGGGACAGGAGGGCAUUGAGGAGCUUGAAGGGCAUGACAACUGGGACAGCUGAAGAUGAGCAGGACAGGCUGGAGGGAACCUGGAGGCCUAGACACAGAACGGAACCAGGACGUCCAAAUAUGGGCAGAACAGAACAGCUCUCACUGGCCUGGCAGCUGAGAGUGAAGCUAUAUCCAACAGGACAUCAUGCAGUGAGCGGGGUAGAACCAGGCCUUCCAGAAAUGGGCAAGGCAGAUGACCUGGCAUGUUGGGAGCAUGGGCAAAGUGGCGCCCUUGGAGCCGGGAGCAGCAGAAACCUCAUCUGUGGUGGCCACUGCGGGUGCAAGUAUCGCACUUACCAGGUGAUGGCAGGUCGAGGCGGACAGCCUCUGGGAUUCCUACUGUGUGACACCAUGGGAUUGGAGGCAACUGCGAAUGGAGGGGUGAAAACUGAAGAUAUUGAGAGGAUCCUGAAUGGCUACAUACCGGACGAUUACCAGUUCAACCCUGCAUCACCAUGGCAACCUGGUGCUGGUCAGACAGAGUUACAAAUUAAGGACAGGAUCCACUGUGUGGUGUAUGUGAUAGACAGCUCAACAUUAGGAAUUAUGGCUACAGAAAUGAAGAAGAAAGUUGAUGAAAUCCGAAAGAAAACUAGUUUUCAAGAUGUGCCUCUAUUGGUGCUACUGACCCAUGUGGACAGAGCGUGCCCGCAUGUGGAAAAGGACUUGAAGAAGGUGUAUCACAGCUGCUACAUAAAGGAUAUGAUCUACAGAGCUAGCGGGUGUCUGGGCAUCCGACCAUCAAAUGUGAUUCCAGUGAAGAAUUACCAUGAUGAGAGUGAGCUGAAUAAUACCUGUGACAUCCUGCUCCUCAAGGCCAUGAAGCAGAUGCUGGACUUUGCUGACAAUUACUUUGACAACUGUCAGAAAGUUGGUGUUGGGAAAAUGGGAAGUGGGAGCAGUACCCCAGUGACAGAGGAGAACAAACCAGAGCUCCUUGGUAAAGCUUGGAGGGAUGUUGUGUGGGACCACAGCACACGAACUGAUCUCAAGCAAUACCUGCAAGAUUACAAGCCCAACAUUGAUUCAGUGCCUCAGGCUCGGAUUCUUCUAAUUGGUCAGAUUACAGCUGGAAAAUCAAGCUUCUUCAACUCCAUCAACUCUAUCUUCCGUGGCAACAUUACAAGCCAAGCUGCAGUAGGAGAAAUGAAAACCAGCCUGACCUUGAAGUAUCGCACUUACCAGGUAAAAGCGGGCCGAAGCGGACAGCCUCUGGGAUUCCUACUGUGUGACACCAUGGGACUGGAAGCAAGGGAGGAUGGAGGGGUGAGAACUGAAGAUAUUGAGAGCAUCCUGAAGGGCUACGUUCCAAACAAGUACCAGUUCAACCCUGUGCAGCCAAUGAAAGCUGAUAACUGUCAGGCAUGGAGCUCAUUGGCUCUUAAGGACAGGAUCCACUGUGUGGUGUAUGUGAUAGACGCCUCCACAAUUGGAAUUGUGGACCAAGGAAUGAAGAAUAAAAUUGAUGAAAUCAGAAAGAGAACUAACUCGGCAGAGGUCCCUCUAUUGGUGCUACUGACUCAUGUGGACAAAGCGUGCCCGCAUGUGGAAGAGGACUUGAAGAAGGUGUAUCACAGCUGCUACAUAAAGGAUCUGAUCUACAGAGCUAGCGAGUGUCUGGGCAUCCUACCAUCAAAUGUGAUUCCAGUGAAGAAUUACUUUGAUGAGAGUGAGCUGAGUGACACCUGUGACAUCCUGCUCCUCAAGGCCAUGAAGCAGAUGCUGGACUUUGCUGACAAUUACUUUGACAGCUGGGAGGACGACACAGAGUAGAUGAAUUGAUCAUAUUGAGGGGUUGUGCCAUUGCCAUUCUCUGUCCAUGUCCUUGUGUUCUACACCACACCUUUGUUUCCUGUAAACCUGCGUUAGGCUCUUUCUGUACCUUUCCGACACAGAAACCUUUUCAUAACCUGGAUUUAUAAUUGUCUUGUCAUUUGAGUAUGAA